AUGUGGGUGGCCGCCGGCGGGAGAGAGUCGUCCGCGGCCGCUGUGCUGCGGGUGCUGCUGAUCGCGACCACCUGCGGCCUCGUCUUCGCGCUCCUCCACCUCCCGCUCCCCGACGGCCGCGCCCGCUCUGCCGGCCCCGGUGGGGAGCGCGGCGCUGGUGGGGUGGGGAGAAUUCGAGAGGCCAGAAGGCUGAGUGUCGUCACCGAAGAGAUAGACGGGCAAACUGAUGAAAUUGCAGCGGAAGAAGACGAAAGGAUAUCUAAAUCUCCCCCGGACACCAAAGAAAAGAUAUGGAUGAUGCAAGAUCAGCUAAUUAUGGCCAAGGCAUACUUGCAUUUCGCUGCUCCCCGAGGUAGUGUACAUUUAGGUCGAGAGCUGAGAUUGAGGAUAAAAGAGAUCGAAAGGGCAAUAAGCCACUCAAGUGGAGGUACCCAUGUACCUGGGAGAAACAAUUCUGUUACUGACAUAAAAAAGGAAAACACUAUGCAGUGCGUUACAAAAAUGAAGGCGAUGGAGCUGACCCUUUCCAAGGCUCAGAGGACCUACCCACGUUGCUCUCAGAUGACAUCAAAGCUACGUGCAAUGAUGCAUAACAGUGAAGAAUUGGUCAGAGCACACCAAAGCGAAUCUUCAUUCCUCGAGCAGGUUGCUGUGAGGACAUUACCCAAAGGCCAUCACUGCCUAGCAAUGCAACUCACCUCAGAAUACUUUUCGUUAGAUCCCAUUAAACGUGAAUUCCCUAUAAGAGACAGCAUUCAGUUGGAUGGUUAUUAUCAUUAUGCAAUAUUCUCUGACAAUGUGCUUGCAAGUGCUGUGGUUGUCAACUCUACAAUUGCUGCAUCAAAGGAUCCUAGAAGGAUAAUAUUACAUAUUGUAACUGACUCAUUGAAUUAUCCUGCAAUGAUGAUGUGGUUUCUGACAAACCCACCAACUCCAGCAGCAAUCCAAAUCAAAAGCCUAGAUGAUUUGAAAUGGUUGCCUGGUGAUUUCAGUUCCAGAUUCAAGCUGAAGGGUGUUCGAGAUCCAAGAUACACUUCUGCACUGAACCACUUGCGUUUUUAUUUGCCAGAAGUGUUUCCCUCUUUGGGCAAGGUUGUACUCUUGGACCAUGAUGUGGUAGUCCAGAAUGACUUAACUGGAUUAUGGGAUCUAGAUAUGAAGGGUAAAGUAAUUGGUGCUGUUGAGACAUGCACUUCAAGUGAAGGUUACCAUCGAUUGGAUAGCCUUGUUGACUUUUCUAAUCCAAACAUCUUCAACAAACUUGAUCCAAAGGCUCGUGCGUUUGCAUUUGGAAUGAACAUAUUUGACCUGAAUGAAUGGCGCAAACAGGAUUUGACUACAACUUAUCAUAAAUGGUUUCAACUGGGCAAAAUUGAGAAGUUAUGGAAGGCAGGAAGCUUGCCACUGGGUCAGCUCAUCUUCUACAACCGAACACUGCCUCUUGACCACCGAUGGCAUGUUCUUGGGCUUGGUCAUGACUUCAGCAUUGGAAGAGAUGAACUUGAGAGUGCCUCUGUUAUCCACUACAGUGGGAAACUGAAACCCUGGCUGGAAAUUUCUAUCCCAAAGUACAGACACUACUGGAACAGCAGUGCAACAUUCACGGAUAAAGGCGAUGGGGGUGAGGUGAUUCGCAAGGUGGAACAUGGAUACACAGCUUCGCUGUAG